CAACGCGGCGCUAGUAGCAUCACAAUCGUCGCGUUGGAUGGACGUGCUACGUCGCUGUGUCGCGUUAUCUCAAAAUUCUUUACGUAGACGUAACGAUAUUUUUGACCGAAAACUGCAAAAUAACUCGACGUGUUUGUGUUUAACAGUGAUUUAGUGCUGCUAAAAAAGUGUAUAGUGUGUUUAUGUUUGUUUUGACGUGAUUUUGGAAAAAAAUCUCGUUUAAAAACUUGUAUUCCCAACGGAACUGAAUCGUGUCGAGUUUUGCUGAUACCAUUGCUUCGAUGCCCGCGAUGUGGUGACAACGGCGUGAUGAUGAGGCUCGACGCGUCCGAGAAGCAGCACCGCUACCACAACCUGCUGCAUGACGACCAUGCCAAUGAGAUGCUAGAGGGCGAGGGCGCGGGGCUGGCUGCGCGCGUGGCGGAGCUGGAGGUGCGGUGCGCGCGCCAGGCCGAGGAGCUGCUGUGUCUGCGCUCCACGCUCGCCGACGCGCUGCGCAGGCUCAACGCGCUCGAGGGCCGCGCGCCCACUGCCUCCACCACCACCGCCACGCAGAGGAACGGCGCGUACACAGGGUCUACGGGCACCCCCACGCGGGAGCUGCGUUUAAGACAGCCCUCGUACAGAGAGACGGCUAAAAGGACCUCUAGUUAUGGGUCUAGCGCGUCAUCACUUCCACAAAGAAGAGGUCCGCAGCACCAGUCGACAGGCUCGCUGCAGUCGGACUCGCCAGCGUCGUCAUCGUCGCUGUCGCCGGCGCCGUCCCCCUCGCCCCGCGCCACCCCCGCGCCACACCACGUGCCGCACCCGCCGCAGCCCUACAGGUCGCGGAACAACUCAACGUCGAGCAACCAAAGCGUCUCCCCUGGCCUCAACCUCACCAAGCGGUGGAACUCGACAGGGGACUUCAACGCGCAGGGAUUCAUUUCUAAUACCAGAUUCACGACCACAAAGUCGUUGUUAAACUUGUGCUCAAAGCCGUCACAAAAUGGACCCAUACUGAAGCACGGCACACACACGUGUCAGUACAAUGAAGAGGACGGGUCCAUGAGGAUGUUCCUUCGCGGGAGGCCCGUGAUCCUGUACGGGCCCAGCGAUAAGGAACCUCUGGACCCCGCGAAGGUCGCCCCCCCUCCGCAGAACAAGUUGAAACUUGAAUGGGUUUACGGUUACAGGGGUAAAGACUGUCGAAGCAACCUGUACCUCCUGCCCACUGGUGAGAUAGUGUACUUCGUGGCGGCGGUGGUGGUCCUGUUCAAUGUAGAGGAACAAUGCCAGAGACACUACACGGGCCACACGGACGACGUGAAGUGCCUCGCCGUGCACCCCAACAAGCUGAUCAUAGCUAGCGGCCAGUGUGCGGGACAUGAUCGGCUUGAUGCCAGGCCCCACGUAAGGGUAUGGAACUCUGUCUCCCUGGCGACCUUGGCCGUGAUCGGCGCGGGGCAGAUGGAGCGCUCCGUCUCCUGCAUCACGUUCUCCAGGGCUGAUGGUGGAACACUCCUGGCUGCAGUGGACGAUGGACCCGACCACACUAUAUCGGUGUGGGAAUGGCAAAGACACGAUAAGGGACAUUGCUUGACUGAGACCAAAUGUUCAGUAGACACAGUGGUGGCAGCGGAAUUCCACCCGCUAGACCGUAAUCAGAUAGUAACUUGCGGGAAGAACCACAUAGCAUUCUGGACCCUGGACCAGACCAACAUGCUGUAUAAGCGCAUGGGCAUCUUCGAGACGAGAGACAAGCCCAAGUACGUCACCUGCCUCGCGUUUAACCACAAUGGCGACGUGCUGUCGGGCGACUCGAGCGGCAACAUCACGGUGUGGGCGCGCGGCACCAACACGGCGGCGCGGCUCGUGCGCGGCGUGCACGACGGCGCCGUGUUCAGCCUGGCCGCGCUCAAGGACGGCGCCGUGCUGUCCGCCGGCGGCAAGGACGGCCGCCUCGUGCUCUUCGACGCGCACCUGCACGCGCCGCUACGGGAGACCGUGAUCGAGGGUCACUACGGCGGCGUGCGCGUGGUGGCGGAGGGGCGCGGCAGCCAACUCUACAUCGGCACCACCAAGAACUGCAUCCUGCACGGAGACCUCGAGCUGGGCUUCUCACCCGCUGUGCUGGGUCACGUGGAUGAGCUGUGGGGCCUGGCUUGUCACCCAACGCUGCCGCAGUUCGUGACGGCGGGCUGGGACCGACUGCUGCAACUGUGGGACGGACUCAGCCACUCCACCGUCUGGAGCAAGGAUAUUGAGGAGCGUGCACAGUGUUGCGCGUGGUCGACGGACGGCGGCGUGAUCGCCGUGGGCUGCCUGUCGGGCAAGUGGAUGGUGUACGACCCGCACUCGCGCGAGCUGCUCACGCAACACCACGACGGAUCGGAGCCGAUCCAAACGAUCCAAUAUUCGCCGGACAACAAGAUGGUGGCGCUGGGGUCGCGGGACAACUUCAUCUACGUGUACCGCGUCGACGACAACGGCAGCCGCUACAGCAGACUCGGGAAAUGCCUGGGUCACUCAAGUUAUAUCACGCACCUGGAUUGGUCCGAAGACAGCCAGUACAUCCGCAGCAACUCCGGCGAUUACGAGCUACUGUUUUGGAACGCGACGACGUGUCGUCAGGUGACGUCGGCGACGAGUGUCCGCGACGUGACGUGGAGCACCAACACGUGUCCCAUCACCUACAACACCAUCGGCGUGUGGCCCGAGAACGCGGACGGCACCGACAUCAACUCCUGCACCAGAUCCCAUGACAGCCGGUUGGUGGCGACUGGUGAUGACUUCGGCAAAGUGAAGCUCUUCGCGUAUCCCGUCACCCAACCCAAGUCGCUGUGCCACCAGUACGGCGGCCACAGCUCGCACGUCACCUGCGUGCGGUUCGCGGCGGACGACUCGCGCCUGCUGUCCGCCGGCGGCCUCGACACCGCCGUCAUGCAGUGGCUGCGGGACUGAACGGACUGCUGCACUUCUCAACUAAUACAUCUUCAAAUUGCUCUCAUUUUGUAGGCAGCAAAAAGGACCUGAAAUGGUCGGUUUUGGUUAUUUCAUUUGAUCUAUAUUCAACUCUAUUUAGAUCCAUGUGGAGAUAUAAAAUACUAUUUCAGGUUCCUUUAUGCAAUUUUUGAUUGUUAAAAUCACAUAUUUUAUACGAGCAUUUAAUUACGAAUCAAAUUUGAGUAAGCAGCUUUGCGAGGGAAAUGUUUGGUUUUAAUAUCUCGCCUUCAAAGUACGCAAGGUGCAGUUAUGAAUGUCCCUUGCAAGGCAGCCAAAACAAAAUUGUGUACAAACGCAUCUAAACUUGUAUAAUCGAAUGCCGCACGGCCACAUAUAACAAGGCCUAAAGGAUGCCUACAAUGUAUAUACUCGAUCGAUGUUAAUUGCUAUCAUUGCGAUAUAUUUUGUAUUGUCUUAUUGUUCACAUUGAUUAGUGUGGGUAGUUUUGAUACUUUUUGGAUUCUGUAUGACAAAAUUUAUUGUCUUAAAGAAUUUUACAUACAAUGGAAAUAAUAAAAUGUAAUAAAGACUAAAUUACUUUAACCUCUUGCAUAUUUCCUGAAUAUACUUACAGAAUCCAAAAGUGUCAAUGUCACGAAGACUUGAAUGGUGCACGGUUGUGAUCGGAGGGUAGUUGGCUUUAUUUAUAAACGUUGGCGUUAUCUGAAUACUUUUUGAUACAUAGCGUAAAGUGGACUGAUUACGAGAAGCGAAUAUUCAAAUGAAUCUUAUGUAUGGGUGCUAAAUUUUAUAAACUUCGCUACUAAUUUCAUUUUUAUUUAACCCGUACGGUGUGGCGUCAUAAUGAUGGUUUUUACCUGUUAAGGAUCCCCUCAAGUUAAGGUCAGGUUUAUGUACGGAAUAUUUCACUGUAAAUUUCCAAUUGCUUUACAUCAAUGUUUAUAAAUGAAGGUGUUGAAGAUAAUAUAUCCAAUUAUUUAUUAGUAAUUUGUGUGCAACACAUAAGUUUCGCCUUUUCACGAAUUUGAAUGUGGUUCCGGCCAGAUUUUACCCACUUGGGGUUAAGGCGUGAAGUCCGUCUACGAUACAUAGCGCUUUUAUGGCAACACUUAACAAUUUUUAAUAUUUUUUACACUUGCAACAUUGUGCUAAUUUAUGUGAUGAGCUUACGAAUGCGUUAUUUUAGAGAUAUUUUUAAUUAGUGAUAAAAUAAUUUUAAUGGCACUUUUUAAUGUGUUUGUAAUUUUAAUGGUCAUGAUACAAAUUAGGCUAUUUUCGUAUUUUAAGCUUUCGUUACUUGUGAGAAUUGUAUUUGGGAUUUUAUUACUUAUUAUAUUAUUUUUUAAUUUCACAGAAAUACACAUUUUUAAUUGUUUUCAUAGACAGAUAAUUAAAAUGGUCUAUUUUUAUAAUAUCGACAUUUUAACACUCGAUAAACUACCAAAAUACAAUUUCCACACAAGUUUUAUUUUAAGCAAUUCCAGGGACACAUUCGAUAUUAAUCAGCAGUUCGUAACCUAGUCACCGAUGGCUUCAACUGUCGCGUAGCGUUAGCACUAAUAUUGUAUUAGCUAAUGUGUGUAAAUACAUCUGUACGGCGGUGUAGGGCCGCAUUUCUAUGUGCCUCUAAUAAAAUAUCUUUAUUUCA